AUGCCAGUUUUCGCUUUGCCAAAACUCAUGCGGUCAGCAGCCAAACCUGCGAGCAAGGUGCUUGUUCCCAGAUCCAGUGGCCUCUCUUCUUCUGAUACGGGAUCCGGUGCUCCCCUCCAAGGCGUCCAAGCAGGACCGAGCGAAAUCGAGGCCACUGGCGACGAUGAGGAUACCGAUGAAGAUGCCGAAUAUGGAGUUGACAAUGGCCGUGAGAACGAAAACGCUGCCAUCGAAUAUGCCGAUGACCCUCCAAAUUCGGAGAUAGCCAUGAAGCGACAAAAGUUCCUGUCCAUUCUCGAAGAGCAAGGGCUCUUGGCACUUGCGGAGUUGAUAAUGGGAGCCAGUGCAGAGCAACGAGACCUAGUGACCUUGAGUGGUAUGAACGAAGAGGAGCGGGUCUUGGAAGCACUGGAGGUUCUCUUUUGUACGCAUUCAGACGUUCUACGAAGCGUGAUUCGGGGGACCCUACUGCCAGACUGCGUUGAUCAAUUGACGCGAUUUCUCAUUUUGGACAAGAUGCAGACGCAGACCAACAUCGACAAGCACCCGCAACCAGCGAUUUACGAGAACCUUCUGGUCGAUGAUCAAGGCUUCUCACCCACGCCAAAUGAACUCCUCCAAGCAUUGAAUGCACGUGAGGCCUGCUUAAGAGGGACACACAACAGGAGUGCACAUCGAGGUGACAUUCUGGAAGCGCUCAAGAAGGCAUUGAGGGAACUGAGGGAACUGAAUAGGAGCGAUUAG